AUGGUUUCAUUAAUUGUGAGUACAGUAUUAUGUCUCAUUAUUGUAUUCGUUCUAAAAUGUUUCCGAUGGCAGCAGUCAUCUCGUCGAUUUCCUGGUCCAACACAAUCCCUACAUCUUCCAACGUUUCUUCUUCGUUUAAUAAUGAAAACCUCGUAUGUUAAAAAUUUACUAUAUUUAAUUGAUCCAGUCUCAGCUCGUUUUAUAACAACAACAGUGCCUCUAGUAGCUCAAUACUACACAGAAAAAUAUGGUGAUAUUGUACAGAUAUCAAUGUUCAAUCAACCAACAAUAAUCAUAUCAAAUCCUGAUUUUGCCGAUCAUAUACUCAGACGAAAUGGACGAAAUUAUACAUUGAGAUUUGGUGAAACACAAGGCUUGACUCAUAUUGGAAUGAAAGAUAAAGGUAUAAUAUGGAAUACGAAUGUAUCAAGAUGGAAAUAUCAACGAACACAUUUUUUUCAAAAAUCAUUAAACAGUAAAAUGUUAGAAGAUGCUAAAAAUAUCUCAGCUGAAGCUACAUCAUAUAUUCUAUCGAGUAUGAAACAAUUUGAAAAUAAUAAUAUUAACAAAACUGAUAUGUUAGACUUGUUACGUACAAUUACAUUCACUGUUACAUGUGCUCUAUUUCUUGAUUAUCCUGUUGGAAGUUUAACAUUCGGUGAAACAAAAAAUUGUGUUAAAGCAAUUGUUCAAUAUUUCAAAGCAUGGGAAUACUUUCUUCUUAAACCAUGUCAAUUGUAUGAAACGAAACAGGUGGAAGAACAUUGUCAAGCUGUUGAAAAUUUGAAUAAACAUGUUGAUCAACUAAUUAAUAAUAUUACUCCCGGUAAUUGUCAAUUUAUCAAUUUGCUAUUGCAAGCAGUUGAGUCAAAUGAUAUCACUAAAGAUGAAAUGAGACAAUGUAUAUUGGAAAUGCUGAUAGCAGGUAAUUUCGAGAAUCGUGAAAAAUGUACAUUUCGUUUUUCUCGUGAACGAGAAGAGAUGGAACCGCGAUUUCUUCAAGGUAGGUAG